UUGUAGUAAAACAACCUGAAUUACCUACCUCAGAAACAGAAUUUAUUAAUAUUUUUUUUAAAGAGAAUUUAGAGCAGUUAGAUGUGUAUAAAUUAUCUUUUGAAGAUGUACCUUACAAAAAUCAAAAUGAUUAUGCUAAAAUUUGUCAGAAGAAAAUUCGUGAAAUAUAUUUACCAUCAGUUAACCAAUUGAUUAAUAAUAAGUAUAAAGAUAUCAAAGAAAAUGAUCAUGUGAAAAAAUUUAUAGAGAGAUUAAAUACAUUGAAAGAUGUUGAUUCUAAACGAUUUUUAUAUAAGUUAACUAGAAUUAUUGAGAAACAUCAAUUAAAUAUCUAG